AUGGCCAUGGCCCCACGAAAAGGCACGCGACGGGCGUGUGACCCUUGCUCAGUCAGAAAAGUGCGCUGCGAUGGCAACCAGCCCUGUGCAAGGUGCGAGGCCGCCAAGUGGGACUGCACCUAUCUCAAGACGCAUGGAAAGAGCGGCCCCAAGGGACCGCGGCGGACCACUGAAGCCGCCAUCAGGAGGCUGCAAGAACGCAGUAAGACUGGCUAUGACAGAUCCAGGAGCGCCAGUGAGACCAGCCUCGAUACCGGCAGUCCCGUUGACGAGCUGCCGUACAUCUCUCCAAUGCCUCCCCUCGGCGAGCCCGGCACGUAUUCCAAUGGAUGGCCUGACGUUAUGAGUCCCACACUCUCCAGCACUCCCCAGGAACUCCAGAGAAUACCCGUGGCCUGUCUCUCGCAGUAUCUCGAAAUCUACCAGGCACGUGGCUAUGGCAUAUGGCCAGUUGUUGAUGCUGAAACACUGACUGCACGACUCCUUACCCACCCCAACGAUGUAGAGGCCUACGCACUGGCCACUGCCAUAUGCGCCGCUAUUGUAAGCCAGUUCUCCAUUGACGUUGAGCCGGGAAGUCCGGUCGAAGGCCCUUAUCGCGUCUCAAGCAGCGUCUUCGAGUCUGAGGCAAGAAGAGCCAGAGAUGAAUCCGAUCAUCUGGAAAACAUCACCAUGUCGUCUCUUCUGAGCAGUUUCUUCUUGCAUGUCUACUCUGCCAACGUUGGCCGAAUGAAUGCUUCAACCGUCCUGCUUGGAGAGGCUAUUUUCAAAGCUCAUGUCCUUGGCCUACACAACCCAACUCACUACCAGGUCAUGAAUCCAGAGCAAACACAGUGUGCUUUACGCGUCUACUGGCUCCUCUUCAUCACCGAGCGUGCUCAUUCCUUGCAGCACGAUGUCCCGACGACACUCAAACGUUCGCCAGAUCUUCCGAGUCUUCAAGACUUGCGCGAUGGAUCUGUCACGCCUGCAUUCGUCCAGCUCUGUCGACUUUUCAACAUUCUUGAUGUCACAAUAACUGCGGAUGCUACUAGUGCUCGUCGAGCACUCGCUGUAGCUCAGCAGCAACUGAGCAGCGAUGAAGAUCCCCGCAGUCUCGAAAAUGAACUCCAGCGUGCUGAUAUCACAAUGACACAACAGUGGAUGCGCAUCUUCCUGUGGCAGCAUGCGCUCAAUGUUACCAACCUAAGCAGUCAGCCAAGUCAGGACGAAGAGUUUUCGUUUCGUUUCCCUGCCAGGGUGGCACAAAACGUGCUCAACAAUUUAAGCAGUCUUUCGCGCGAAAGUGUAGAGGCGCAUGGGCCCGGCAUGGAGUCCAAGCUUUUCGACGUAGCAAACUCACUUGCUGAUGUUAUGAUGAUCAUGCCGUCGCUAAACCAUGAGUCGUACUUCGAUGUUGGUCCUAGAGAUCUCAUGCAUUCGCUUUCUCAAGUGCUCGCUGGCUUCCGAGGCGGCAAUCCCGCCGUCAUAAGUAUACUACAAGAGAAGCUCACUGCACUUGGGCUCAGUGUUGGGUCUCCACAAAGGUUACUGGAACUCUCUUCGCCCGAGGAAGAGCAGGACGAGUACCAUUCUAGACCCAUGCGCGGCUCGUCACCAUAUGGACCACCUGCAAACGACCCUCCGAUAAUGUCGCCUCUUCCACCCCCUAUGAGCAUGAACGGUAGAUAUUGA